UAAUAUUAUAUUAUCAUACUAAUAUAUUAACAUCAUUCCGAUAAUGUCGCAGUUAUCGUUAUAACUAUUUAUAAUAUUUAGACGAGCAUCCGUGACACCGCCAUGAUGGGGGUACGUCGCCCCGGUUUUCCCGAGGACCGUCGCCAUCACGUGGCGCGACUAUAUUAUACGCGCCUCGCCGUUGUGACAUAAUAUCAUAGGUUUAUAUUAUGACGUGAUAUUUACGACCGUUUCCGAUAAUAAUACAUCGAUUAUUAUGCCAAUACUAUGUAGGUACACGUACCUAUAACAUUAAGUCAUGUCGCCGUCCACGGUGCAGAUGCAGAACCUUCACGGCUCACCGUACACGGUGUCUUCCGCGCCGGAAUUCCGGCAGGAGGAAUCGACGGCCGUCGAAGAAAAACUCAUGGUGGCUGUGAGAAUAAGACCGUUAUCAACAAAUGAAACGGGUAGAAGCUUAUACGUGGUUGAUUCCAAGACUAUCGUUGUUGAGGAAACUGAAAAAGAAAGAGAUGACGUACUUCGACAAAAAAGGAUCGAACAAAAACGUUAUGCGUUUGAUGUAGUUUUUGACGAAGAUUCUACUCAGGACGAGGUGUACGAAAAGACGACGAAAAGCUUGGUGAAAGACAUACUCGUCGGCUUUAAUGCCACAGUAUUCGCGUACGGGGCGACGGGCAGCGGAAAAACACACACGAUGGUUGGACAUGGCGGAGAGACGGGCAUCAUGGUCCGAGCAAUAAGCGAUUUGUUCGACAUUGUAAGCAAAAAUGCUUACCGGUACACGGUAAAAAUGUCAUAUUUAGAAAUAUACAACGAAAACAUCCGGGACCUCCUUAACCCGUCGUCGGGUUUUCUGGAGCUCCGCGAAGACACGUCCAGAAAUCGGAACAUCCAAGUGACCGGACUGUCGGAAGUUGUAGUAGUGUCUAUCGACGAGGUGAUGGGGUUGCUACACCAGGGUAACCGGCAGAGGACGGUGGAACCGACGGGUGUGAAUAAAACGUCUUCCAGGAGCCAUGCGCUACUCAGCGUGACAGUGUGCAAGGCGUCCAGGACGGCAACAGCCGUACGUCAAGGCAGGUUGUUCAUGAUCGACCUGGCGGGUUCCGAGAGAGCUAGCCACACUAAGAACCGAGGAAAACGUCUAAAAGAAGGGGCGCACAUCAACAGAUCUCUGCUGGCUUUGGGAAACUGCAUAAACGCCCUAAGUGGAGGCACGAAUCCGCGAUUUGUCAACUACCGUGACAGCAAACUCACACGAUUACUUCGCGAGUCCCUGAGCGGAAAUUGUCGGACUGUUAUGAUCGCACAUGUCAGUUCAGCAACGUCGCACAAGGACGAGACCAGAAACACCUUGAUUUACGCCGCUAGAGCCAGUGGAAUCUCACACAAAGUCGAACGGAACGUUUUAAACGUAUCAUUUCAAGUGAAUCAGUACAGGUCAGUUAUAUCAGACCUACGCAACGAGAUCUCUCGACUGAGGACCAAAUUGGACGAGGGCCGGGCAAAGUCUUCGAGCGGCCAGCAUAGCAACACGCCUGUAAACCAGAUAAGGGACCAGAUUGUGGGCACGUUCCGUGAACAAAUGAAGCUCAGGCGAAAGCUGAUGGAUAUCGACGGACACCUGUUGUCACUGGGCGUAGAAGCCGAACGGCAACACCAGAUAAUCAGCCAAUGGGAGUCAAGAAACAAUAAACUUUACUGCCGCAGGACCAGCAGCCAGCGGAGGCCGAAUACCAAGAGUUCCAACAACACUUCAAAUGCGGAUUCUUUUGACAACGACCAGCUAAACAUGCACCAGGCGUGGUCGGAUCUGAGUUACAUUGAACACGAACAGGAAAGGUACGUGGCGCUCAGGUCCAAGACCGUUAGCGAACUGGACACAGUCAGGCAACAGGCAGUGGCCCUAGAAAAUAACCUUCCAAAACGGUUAGACUCUGAGACGGAACGCGAGCUGCUCUCGUUAAUAUGUCGCGUGCACGAAUUGGAAGCCGACAAAAUGGCGUUGCAAGGUGAACGGCUAGUCGAGUCGUACGAGCUGCGUCGCAGAGGAGAUCUGUUGCACAAGAUGCACCGACAACAGCGCAUUACCGACGACAUCAUCACGAAACAGCGGCAGAUCAUCGAAGGUCAAAACGUGCCGUUACCCACCGAUUUGAAAGAGCUGUAUCGGUCGUAUCAGCAAGAAAUACACGCCAACUCGUACAACACGGACGUAAACACCAUACCACUGACAUCCGCUAUGCAGUCAAUCGACAAAAGCUUCGAGAAAGCAACCAUCGACGACCAGCCGGACAAAAAUGGGACGUAUAUCGCUGAAAGCCGUGGUCAACCAAUUACGCCAGAAUCGAGGCUAUGCACAACUUCGAGCAACGAGAGCUUGGCGGCUGGCUUCGACUGGGAAAAGGACCUAGGAAGUUUACCACCCAUCAAUCAAUCGACUGUCGUUCCACACUCCAGAGACGAAAUUCCAUCGCCCGUUCCGGCUUCCGUGCUGUUUCCGCCGAUUUCCAAUCGCUUUAAAUAAGGUUUAUCGAUUCUUCCCGUCUACUUGUUUAUGUCUAAAAUACUUGCAUAAAUAAAAUUUAUAGGUGCCUAUAUAUAAAUAUAAUAAACUGUACAGACGUCGCAAAUCGCGUAGUAGGUACCUACUGCCAUUUAUUAUUCUUAAACACAUCGAUGUAAUAUAUAGACAUAAUAUAUACUCAUACCAAUGAUAAUUCUAGACCAUAUUCAUACUAUAUGUACAUUUUACAUAUGGUUUGCAACGUGACCGUUUGCUUUUUAAACUUAGCACCCUGCGAAAAAUUUGGAUAAAAAUUCAAUACAUAAUUUAUUAGGUAAGUACCUACACAAUAUAUACCUAUAAUAACUCAAUACCU